CCAAUUCGGCCGAUUGCCGAACCAAGAUUGACCAGCCAUCAAUCGACGCCCAGUCCCACUUGAAGCAUUUCCCGCAACGGUCCAGACUCGCAAAGCCACGCAUCAUGAGUAACUCGGUGGACAUUGCCAAGAAACCGUACGUAGCAGCCGCCCCGCUCAAGCCCCGGUCCCAAUCGGAAAAGGUCCGGGCGAUUUUGCAGCUGCUGCUCGAUCUGGUGCUGUGCUUUGUCAAGAGUAUCCCUCUGUGGAUCGAGGUAGUAGUUGAACUGUUCCGUCCAGCUCCUCCGAAGACCAUCUCCGGACAAACGGCCUUGGUAACGGGAGGUGCCAACGGAAUCGGCAAGGCAAUCGCUACCGAGUUGGCCAAGGAAGGCUGCAAUGUCGUCAUCGUCGAUCUGGAUCAGACCAAUGGGCAGACAACGGCACAGGACCUCAAACGGUACAAUGUACAAUCGGUGGCUUAUGAGUUCGACGUAGCCAACUACGAUGAGGUGCGUGAGUUAUACCGCCGAGUAGAGCGAGACGUCGGACCGGUAGACAUUCUGGUGAACAAUGCCGGGAUUUUGCCGUUCCUGUCUUCGAACGAGAAAAAUCCUUCGGAAAUUCGUCGCCUGAUGGACGUAAACGUGAUGAGCGGUUUUUGGACGGUGGAACAGUUCCUGCCUAGCAUGAUUCGACGCGGCCGUGGACACAUUGUAGCUAUCGCAUCCGCGUCUUCGUAUGCCCCGGUUGGGUUCAUGAAGACCUACGUUACAUCCAAGUAUGCCGUGCGAGGUUACAUGGAAGCGCUGGAUGAAGAACUGUACCUGAUUGGUCAGGCGGAAGCGGUCAAGACUACUACGGUGUUUCCGUUUGUGAUCAACACGCGAAAGCAAGUGAUGGAAAAGGUUAACCGAAUUCCAGGAGCUGCCACUAUGCCAAAGUUUACGACUGAGGAGACGGCCAAAACGGUUGCGGACGCGAUCAAGACCAAUAAACGGAAGGUGGUAGUUCCCCAGACAGUUAGAGCUUGGCAGCUGAGCUUCUACGAACACAUUCCGAUCAAAAUCCGGCGGAUGAUGGAUCUUACCAUUAUGAAAGGAAAGCCGCUCGUAUUGGAUUAGAAUUCUAGCUGAACACAGUCAAAAGUAAAUGUUGUUAAUUUGUGAUUUUCAUGUUUAUCAAAAAUAAAAUUAAGCUCUUCAUUGCUGCUUUUGGUGGACUUGAAUUGGUGGGCCCCUCGUUAGACAACUUGUAAAAAACUGAUUUGUGGAAAAUAAAAUCAGAUGUUCGUGAAGUCAUCUUUCAUCUUUCAUCUUGAAUCAUCAAGGAUGGAAGGAUGGAUAAUUUGAUUCAAAGUUUUGAAGUU